AUGGCAAUCGUCCGGUACUCAUCUAAGCGCACAUAUGAUGAAGCGUUGUUUGAUGGUCUACACGUGCUACCGUCGUUAAAGCAAAGUCCCGACAUUCAGCGAUGGGUUGUCGCGUUGCCCGACUCCAAAGCCGGUUAUGCUAAGAAAGUCCAACCCAUCAAGCGGCAACGCGUGCUGCAAAGCCUUUCUACCACGUCAAAACGACUGAACUACACGGAAGGCGAUAUGGCUACUUCGCCGACGCGUCGAUCGACCAGAAACAGGUCUCCCACAAAGGAGACGUUGCCAGCGAAGGAAGUGGUGGCAACAACGCAAGGAAAGGGACGGAGAGAAGAGGCGGAGGCAAGCUUUCAACGAAAUACAACCCAAGCAUUCUCGGAGAGCGCACCCUCAUUCCGAGCGCCAUCGUCAUCUUUGCGCUCUCUGUCCCCUCCGAAGAAGAAGACAGCUUCUACAAAGGCCGAUUUGGCAUACCUCAACCCAAACAUUGAGUUCCUACCCUUGGAAACUCCCAUCGAAAUUUCACCUGUCGAACUUGUCCCUUUCUCGAAAGAUCCCACCCUUUACCGCGAUCUUGACAAGCGCAUUGAUUACGUUGUCGGCCUUGACCUACACCGCACGACGCUCAAAACGCUCCGUCGCACUCCCUCUAUUAACCAGACUGCUUCAUUUGCGAACGAGACUCCUAUAUUUUUGAACAUCGAGGUCAAGCGUCGCCACGUUGCCCGUGACCCAACAGUUCAACUCGCUGCAUGGAUUGCUGCGGAAUACACGAAACGAAGGUAUGAGGAGUGGGACCUUGGGUUUCCCGUAUUAGCUAUUGAGAUUGAUGGCGAUAAUUGGGUUAUGCGUGUCGCUGCUGCGCGCGUUGUGCCGCAUACCACUGAUGCAACCCAGUCUCCUCUAGCUAGAGAAAUGGAGGCUCAGCCAGCGGAAGUAGAUGAAGGACUGAUAUCGUUCCCCGAGGAUGAAUAUGAGCUCUUCUUCUUUGGACCGCUGGACCUGGGCAACACUUUGACUCUUCAAAGCUCGAAGAGACUGCUCGCAAAUCUGAUUGAUAUCACUGGGUGGGGGCAAUCUCAGUUUCGAGCAUGGUGGGAAUUAAAUGUACAGAGGGUCUUGGAGAAGAGAAUAGGACGCUGA